AUGCAUCAAGUUCAACGCAUCGGGGAUGUAUUUAUUGGUCGAGAAUCGCGCGAGCGUACGGAGGGUUGCACCGGUGCGCAUGCGUCCGACAUCACCCACUCAUCUGGUUAUUCCCGUGGUCGAUACAAUUGCGGGGUGAAUGUCGCGCAUGCGGCACCCCUUUACGGCCGACGGUCAGGUGUAAACGACAUGGCCGACAGCGAAUUUGAAGAAUUUCGUCGUGUGUUCGACAGAUUACCUCAACACAUUAAAGCCCCGACACCAUUUUAUUCAUUAGUGCCAAAUGUGGGUUUGGACGAUGAAUCACCGUCGUCGAAAAGUGAUGGCUCGCCAGAAAAUGAUAGAGGUUGUAUUGGAGAUGUUGAAGGAGCAACGGCUCAAGAAGAGAGCGUAUCACCACCACCUCAGCUCGACAUAAGCGACACACAACGCAGUCCCAGUCAUAACACAUUCACAAACGGUCAAAGGAGAAGACGAAAACUACCAGAGAUACCAAAAGAUAAAAAAUCUACGAUAUUAGCAUGCAGUCAGCCAGCUUCGCUCGCUGAUGAGUUAGGUGCUCUGGCUGGAGUACUAAUCCGACCCAGUUGCCAUGGGCGACCACUUCUAGUGCUCAAAUGUGGCUAUCUCUUAGACGAGGAUUCAAGUCCAGACUCGGAAAGGCUACAAAGUUUGGGAGAUGUUGACAGUGGUCACAGUACAGCGCACUCGCCCAUUGAUACGGGACCGAAGAGUUUAUCACCAACACCGUUACAGCAAAAUGUAUCCCCUUCAUCAAGCUGCAGCAUUAGCGGUAUCAAUUUUGCUGGUAAUAUGUCAACAGUUCCCCAUAGUCAACUUGAAAUGCUAGAAGCUACUCAUAGAGGUCUACACAAGUUUAAUCCUAGACACCAUGAUGAAAUAGAAAUUGAAAUAGGUGAUCCUAUAUAUGUACAAAAGGAAGCUGAUGACUUAUGGUGUGAAGGAGUGAAUCUUAGGACAGGUCAGCAAGGAAUAUUUCCAUCAGCAUACGCCGUUGAUAUGGAUUAUAAUGAUUUUGAUCCAGCAAAUGCCAAAGUUAAACGAGAACGAUAUUUACUAGGAUACAUGGGUUCAGUAGAAACUUUGGCUCACAAAGGAACUGGUGUUGUUUGUCAAGCUGUGAAAAAAAUAGUUGGAGAAUGCAGCGGAGAUCCAACAUUACAGCCUUGCAUAUUGGAAAGGACUCGAAGCGCCCCUUGUAUCGACUACUUCUAUUCUCUAAAAAAUGUUUCAUUUUGCGCUUUUCACCCAAGAGAUCAUCGAUAUUUAGGCUUUAUCACAAAACACCCAACGUUGCAACGGUUCGCUUGCCAUGUUUUCAGAGGUCAUGAAUCUACAAGACCCGUCGCUGAAGCUGUGGGACGAGCAUUCCAAAGGUUUUAUCAAAAAUUUAUAGAAACAGCGUAUCCAAUCGAAGAUAUUUAUAUAGAAUAA